AUGAAGGUGAAGCUGCUUUUUCCGUACGCUGUGUCCUGCGUGUUCGGCGGCAUGGGCCGCGCCUGGGGCAUGGCUAUGGUCGGGCUCCACGUUGUGCUCUGCAUCAUCAAGGUCCUCUCCUUCACUACAGAUCCCGAGGUGGCCCGCUUCUGGGUACCGAUCUUCCGCGUCUGGGUGUACCUCGGCAUCGCCGCGAUCGUGCUCAUGACGUGCGUGAACAUCGUCUACUACAUGCCCGUGUAUGGGGUUUGUGCGUUUUCUAACCCAUUCUUCAAGUUUCUGUUUACUCGCUGCUUACAGUUACAUGUGUUGCUGCUCUCUUUGCUCAAGGCACCACUAGAAAUUUGGAAGAUGCUUCAGGUGCUUCUGGUUUUGUUAUUAAAUGGGAUCAAUGGGAAGGACCAACGUGCUGAAAAGAUUGUGCUUUCUCUUGCCCCACCAGUCAAAGCAAAGAUAGAGGACAGAUGGUGGCAUACAUCAGUGAAAGCACAUCACUUGACGAAGGAAUUAGGGCAUGCUGUAUUGGCUGAACAGAGUAGGAAAUUGAUCAAAGAUUCACAUCGUUGUCUGGUUUUGUUGGAUGUGAAUCGACAAUUCGCAAUCUUGUGGAUGAUUGACUUGCUUGUUAAAGAUCUUCCUGGUGUAGAUUAUCCUCUCCUUGAUGCUGGAAUCUGGGAGCAUUUUGAUGUUGCUGCUCCCUGCAUUGUAUUUCUACUUUUUGAUAAAUGGAUCAAUGGGAAGGACCAGCGUGGUGGAAAGCUUUUUCUUUCUCUUGCCCCACAGUUAAUCAAGGGUGUCAGUAUACACUACCUCAGAUUUAGUUAG